AUGGAGAAUCAACCUUUAAUCAGUCCUCAGUCACGUUUCCGCCUCGAACCCAUACCGGAAAUUCCAGACCUCGCCGCCUCCUCCGUCUCAAUCUCUCACUCAAUCUCAACUACUUCCUUCUUCCAAGAGAUUGUCCAACAACAUCACCACGACCUCGAAGAAUCCGAACUUAACGAAGACGACGACACAGACCCAGACUUCUAUUUCAAAACUCGUCGCCCACUUCACCGAUGUCGCACAGCUCCGGCGAUGGUAAUCGACCUAAUCCCCAACAGAAUCACAGAGCCCAAAAAGCCUUCACCAAUCUCAAAAUCGAUCAUCAAGCAAGCGAUUUUCCUCCUCAUCGUCUACUUAACCUUAGGCGUUUCAAUCUAUUCCUUCAAUCGAGAUCACUACUCCGGAAUCGAGACUCAUCCCGUAGUCGACGCGCUCUAUUUCUGCAUCGUCACCAUGUGUACAAUCGGUUACGGAGACAUCGCUCCGUUGACUCCAUGGACGAAGAUCUUCGCCGUGGUUUUCGUCUUGUUCGGGUUCGGGUUUCUCGAUAUUCUCCUCAGCGGCGUUGUGAAUUACGUUCUGGAUCUCCAGGAGAGUAUGAUCCUCACCGGAAUCCAGAUGGGCUCGUCGACGCAUCGCCAGAGAGCGAGAUUCUCGGCCAAGGAUUACAUAAUCGAUUUCGAGAAGGGGAGGAUGAGGAUAAGGAUGAAAGUCGGUUUGGCGCUAUGCGUCGUCGUUUUGUGUGUCGGAGUCGGAGCUGUGGUUUUGCAUUUCGUCGAGGAAAUGGGUUUGGUUGAUUCGGUUUACUUGUCGGUUAUGUCGGUUACGACGGUUGGGUAUGGAGACCAGGCGUUUAAGACCCUUGAAGGGAGGCUUUUCGCGGCGGCUUGGCUGCUCGUUUCGACUCUCGCGGUGGCGCGCGCGUUUCUCUAUCUGGCGGAGGCGAGGAUCGAUAAACGGCAUCGGAGAGCUGUCAAAUCGGCGUUGACUAGAGAGAUUACCGUCGAUGAUUUGUUCGCUGCUGAUUCUUAUCAACAUGGUUUCAUCAGUAAAUCAGAGUAUAUUGUGUUGAAGCUAAAGGAAAUGGGGAAGAUUACUGAAAAAGACAUUACCCAAGUUGGGAAUCAAUUCGAAAAACUUGAUCCUAAUCAUCUGGGGAAAAUCACAUUACCUGAUCUUUUAGGGGAUCCUUUGUGA